UUCGUGUGGCGAUUGAAGAUUAUCAAAAUAAAGAUAGAAACAUUAUUGUUUUCAAUUCGAAUUAUUAAUUAAAAUGGUGUCACGAAGCUUAACAGAGGUUUUUGUGUUAAUGCGUAAUAAUGCUAUACACAGUAAGCAUAUAUUUUCAGAACAGACAAAUGACACGGAGAGAGUAAGACUGAUGAGAUCAAAUUCUCAUGAAAUGGAAGCAGGCUUGGAGCUUAAAUCUGACUCCAAUGCACCACCGCCUUGGAGCGACUCAUUGGAGGAGGCACAUUAUAUUGUUACGAGGUUAAGGACGAAGCUCUCAGAGCUUCAGUCCCGUCACGAGCGCCAGAUCCGAAGGCCAGCACUGGACGAUAGCAGCGAGCAACAGCAAAUCGACCGACUAUCGGCCGAAAUUGGCCGACUUUUUACUCAAGCUCACUCGCGAAUUACAACUAUUAAAGCUCAGACACGACAUGGCAACAGCACCGAACAGAAACUAACGAAAAACGUAGUUCUAGCAUUAGUGACAAUCCUUCAGGAUCUGAGCAUAACAUUCCGCACAUCGCAGUCCAACUACCUAAAAUCAUUAACCUCCAGAGAAGAAAGAUCGAACGCGUAUUUCGACCUACCAAACUUCGAAGAACUCAGCUUACAGGACAACGAUCUUCUGCCAGGAUUGACGAACAAUCAGACAGACUUAUUAUUCUCAUUACCGAGCACAUCCGGCUCGCAGAACUAUGACGAGGAAAAUUUAGAUGGAAUGUUCCAGAAGCAAGUGAUGAAUCAAAAACAACUGUUACUAAUGCAGGAGGAGAACAGCAAGAUGGUCGAAGAGCGAGAAGAGGAAGUUAAUAAGAUUGUCAAAUCCAUUGUGGAUUUGAACGAUAUCUUUAAAGAUUUGGCGACCAUGGUCCACGAACAGGGCACAGUUUUGGACCGAAUAGAUUACAAUAUAGAACAAACCCAGGUGCAAGUCCACGAAGGGUUCAAGCAGCUGCAGAAAGCUGAAAGGUAUCAAAGAAAAAAUAGGAAAAUGCAAUGCAUUUUCAUACUAGGAAUAAGCGUUUUUGUGAUGGUAAUUCUACUGAUUGUAGUAAAAAGUUAGCUCUUAAUGCUAUUGGAAUUAAGCAUUUUGUCGCAUAGCAAGUUUCGUUAUGUAUGUAUGUACGUAUGGUUGAGGAAUUGCGAAAUUUUGAGAGCACAAAUAUCGCAAAGCAUUUUUGUUAAACGUGUUAUUAAAUAUUUAAACGAUUCGAUGUAUUCUGUUUUAUAUCGAUUUGCUUUAUUGUUUCUUCACGUUUGGGGCUGGCGACACUCCGUAAUAUUACAUUUGUUAUAUUAAAAUUUACAAUUACCUAGAAUUAGUUCGUGAGAAUUAUUCAUAAAGUGAUUGCAAUGGUAAGAACAUUAUAUAAUUGUAUAUGAGGAUUUUAAGUGUUUUUAGUGUGGCUAGACAACAAAAAUAUGUAAACUUAAGAUCUAGAUUGAACUGGUUCACACUAGUUCGGAUUGAUAGUAUUAGCUCGAUCUGGUUUUAGUCAUCCUAUGUCAUGCCCACGCUCGACUGUAGGCUCAUCUUAAAGCAUUUGAUAUAGAAUAAUAACGGAAUAUAGCCGAUGGCCCAGUGGUAAACACGCGUAAAUCUUAACCGAUGGUCGUGGGUUCAAACCCGGGCAAGCACUGCUGAAUUUUCAUGUGCUUAAUUUGUGAUCAUAAUUCAUCUCGUGUUAUACGGUAAAGGAAAACAUCGUGAGGAAAUCUGCAUGUGUCUAAUUUCACUGAAAUUCUGCCACAUGUGUAUUCCACCAAUCCGCAUUGGAGCUACCACGAUACGCUUACCACACUAUGUCUAACGAUAAACAAACCUUAGAUUUACAUAUUUCAUUUGAUUUGCAGUAUAUAACAGUAUUGCCAUAUGCACUAAAAACUGUUAUUUAUUAGUAUCCAUUUAUUUAUAAUACAAGACUAUUCCACUCAACUACUCAUAUCCGCUUUAAUUUUACCUCCAAAGUAUCGAUAAUAACGUCGCCGACAUUGAAAACAAUAUACAAUAUUUUCGCGAAUCUAUGUAUAAUGAGUACCGUAGAUUAUUCAAGAUCUCGACCAACGAUACCGCGUCAUUUUCAAUAAUAAUAAUAUCCUAAUACAUUAUUCACACGCGGCCAUCUGAUCCCAAACUAAGCGGAGCUCGUACUAUGGACACCAGACAACCGAUAUACUACAUAUACAACUUUUCUUUUGUAAACACAUACUUAUAUAGAUAAUCACACUCAGACUCAGGACAAAUAGACAUGUUCAUGCACACAAAUAUCUGUCCUGGGUGGGAAUCGAACCCACAAACUUCGGCGUGAAAGGCAAUUAUGUACCAACCACGCCAACCCGUCAAAUUUCAACGUCAAAGUUGUUUUUUUUUUGUCUUUGCUCCUACUGUUGUUGAUAUUGGCUAUACGUCGAUGUAUAUUCAACUAAUUUAUUUAUUUAAUAUCGAAAGUUACAAUAUUACAACAUAAUAACGCAUAAUGUAGGCUGAACAAUAUCAAUUUGCACGUUUGCAAUUACAGCAUACUUAUUUUAUAUCAACUGAGCGACUAAAAUAUAACAUCAAUUACGUUUCAUAAUUAUUAAUAAAUAACAUAUGAUAACAACAUAUAAAUCCUAUUAUAGAGCAAAAAUAAAAGGGGAAGAGUAAAAUUACUAAUGUGAAAAGUGCUACUAAAAUAUAUACCUUAAUAUACGUCCGACAAAUUUGUUGGUAAAUAAGUGUCCGUCCGACCUAAUGUGAAUCAACUCGUUUGGUAUUAUUUAAGACGUCUAUAUAUAUAUACAUUGAUUUGUUUCAGAAUCAUUUCUAUAACUAAGAUGUGUGUAUUUUUUUACAUUGUCAAUUUCUUUCACAAAGGCUAAAGGCGUAUUACUAAGCCUAAUUAGGUUGUCUGCGUUUGACCGUUGUUGUGGAUGCCUUAACAGUCAGCCCGAACAGCACGUUUCUUUACUACAAGGAUUCAUUCAUAAUGCAAUAUAUCAAGAUUUGGGCAAACUACAAUCAGAUUAAUGAUUACGAUUACAAUGCGGACACAUUAAUCACGAUUACAGUAUAACCAUAGUAAUCAAAAAAAUAAAGUGAGUGUGACUCGCGCGCUAUAUUCAGAGUCAAUCAGUUAAUCUGCAAUCACGAUUGAUGAUUAUACAUUGUAAUUGUUAUCAUUAAUCUCAUUACAUUUUACUCAAAAUAUUUUAUGACAAUUAUUGCUGUUAUUUUGUGAUUUGAUUUGUGAGUGUAUUCAAAAGUAUUUUUUAAAAUUAUUUAGUGAGUAAAUGUUUUUGACGUAAACACAUAAUCACCUAUGUAACCCAUGUAAUUGAUAUAAUUUCUUUAUAUACGCUUAUAUGGCAGUUCUUUGUAAAUAUUGUUAUCGUAAGAAGUUUUUUACGCAAUUACAAUAAAAAUAAUUUUUUUUGAGAUCUAAGUUCCUAUAAUUACACUGACUCACUAAACUUUCAUAUCGGAAAUAUUAUAUAUACAUAUACGAAUACAAUAUAAAAUAUUGUCGUUCUCCCACUAUUAACGUCUUAUUAUUUCGAAUUGUUUAUAUAUAGUUGUUGUAUAUUUAAUUAAUUAAGGCAGUUUUCUAGUCUUGAUUGUUUUAUUUUGAAUAGACAUAGUAUUAAAUAUGAUCUAUUUAAAAGAAACAUGACCAAAAUCGAUUAAGUUAUUCCAUAGAUAAUAAGUAGUUAAGAAAACAGAUAAUAUAAAAUUAAAAAAAAAUUACAUAUAUAUUACAAUCGUUUUUUAAUGUAAGAGCUAUUCAUGUCAUGCUAAUUUAAGUAUUUUCAAUUAUUUUCUCCAACCCCCUUUCCUUGCCUGUCACGCUUAAGAGGCGUCACAUUUGCGUACAAGUGGAUAUAUUCAAUAAUUGAGUAGGACACCAUGGGCGGAAUACGUGCUGCUGUGGUGAGUGCUGCUUGCCGAGUCAUUUCUAAGAUAAUAAUAUAACCUAUUGAAUAAAAAAAUGCAACUAACAUUUGCCUAAUAGAAUCAUGCCUUUACUUAGCCCUCUUUUUUUUAAAAUAUAUAAGCUAGCGCUUGACUGUUAUCACACCUGAUGGAAAGUGAUGAUACGGUC